UCAUCAUUGACAGUUGCUUCAACUCCUCAGAACAUUUCAUACAUUGAACUCUCAAAACCCUUCUUUGGUGAUUUAAAUCAAAGCAUUUCAUCUGAUAACUUCUAUCUCAUCUUGUCCACAAUUUAGACUCAAGUAUCACGCCAAACCAAGAGGAAGAGUUGUCGUAAUGGCGACCUCGUACAAACCUUCUCCUCUUUCCUAUGGCUCUCCGAGAGCAUCUCCUUUCCGCCGUCCAGAAAGUCCAGCAUCGCCUUCACCACUUCGACAUUCGACGCCUGUCGCAUCACCUCCCAAAAUGGCUGCUCCCAUAACAACAACCACGCCGUCGAGACUAAAUCGGGCUUCGACACCACAAGCAGAUGGAGAUUCAUGGACACCACGAGGUCUUACAUCAGUUCAGAGAGAAAUAGAGACGUCACCAACCAAGGGCGCGAGUAGUCCUGGGUUCGGAGGCAUGCUCACCUCGAGGACUACGACUGAUAGUAAUGCGCUUUCGAAAUUACAACCCGCUCAAAUUAGAGAAUUGAGGGAAGGCUUUUCGGUGUUGGAUAGAGAUAGUGACGGGCAAGUUGGCCGUGAGGAUGUUGCAGAUAUGCUGACCCAGUUGGGUCUUCCAGCCAACACCUCAGAUGUUACCGCUUUCUUCCCGCUUUCAUCCUCACAGACCGUCACCCUACCUACAUUCCUUAAUUCUUUGGCUGGUCUUCUAGCUUCCUUAAGCCCAUCAUCGGAGCUUCUUUCUGCUUUCUCGGCUUUCGAUGAAGACGAUUCUGGACAAGUCGACCUUGCGGAGUUACGAGAUGCUUUACUUCAUACCGCACCCGAGCCAGGUGAUAAAGCUCUGACUGAAAGAGAGGUGGAUAAAGUCAUGAAUGGUUUCACAGGCAGAAGAGCUUUUGGAAAACAUACUGGAGGCGGGAUGGGCAAGAGGGGAGAAGUGUUCAAGUACCAGGAAUUUGUCGCGAAUGUUGCUGGAGGUGCGAGUGUAGAUGGCAAGGAUGGAAGAGAGAGUGACGAAUAAUGACUUGAGGAUAUAAUGUGUACGGAGGUAGGACUAUGAACAUACACCCACAUUGUCAGGUAUAGGAGUUGGGUUCCAAGUAGAGACAUUCGUGAAAGAACAGGAAUUGAAUACCGCAACUCUUGAUAGUGUUAUCACACUACCUGGGAAAUUCUGCCCACUUAUAUGUUAUUGCGAAC